GCACAUCAUAAAAUUGUGUUGAAAGCAAAAUUAAUAUUUUAGUUUGUGUGUUUUUAAGUAGUUUAUACAAAAUUGUUAGGUUUAUUUUACACAUCCGGACAAUGCCCGGAAUAACACUAAGUGGUGAAAGUAUUCAAACUGAGAACGAAGAAUGUCAUGAGAGUCAAUCAAAUGUUGAUGACAAAGUCUCAAAAGUUGAAUCCAACGUAGGCGAAACGCGGGAGGAGAAAGAGGCUGAGGACAAUGAUAUCUUUCCAUAUCGGGAGGGCGUAGAGAUGAAACUACAACCCAAGCCUGCCAGGGUGGCAUAUAAGAACUACUUGCUGGACUAUCAACUCUGUUUCCACCAGUUCAAAGGCAGGGAAAUGCUGCAAAAUGCUGCAAUAUUAUGGAAUAAAUUAAACGAUAGCCAGCGAAAGCUCUUUGACGAUAGAGAUUAUGAGUAUGGAAAGACGAUUAAUAUUUUAUACGACAGCCACCGCAAUUGUUACUCCGACAAUAACAUGAACUCGGCUUUUAAUUUGAGAUCGUCGAAGAGCAGCAGUACAGAGAGCAAUGCGAGCACAGGAGAUAGCAACAACAGCAAUACCAGCAGCAACGACGAGAACAAGGAAGGGAGCAGAACCGAUGAGAGCGAUGGGACCGAUGAUAACGACAAGAGCGAUGAGAAUGAAGAGGGAGAAAAGGACGAGGAAAAUAGGCAGGACACUGAUGACGGUUCAGAUACUAAGGCAUGUUGUCCCCACGACCAUAAUCACGAUGGUUGUUGUCCGGUUAAAAAGAAAAAACCAGCCUGCAAGAGGAAACCGGCAUGCCCCAAACCCAAGCCUAAAUGCCCAAAAAAAAGGAAGCCUCGAUGCCCCAGGCCAAAACCGCGGUGCCCCAAACCCAAACCGAAAUGUCCUAAAAAAAGAAAACCUCGUUGUCCCAAAAAAAAGAAGCCACGUUGUCCCCGAAAGAAGCCACGCUGUCCCAAACCAAAGCCUCGUUGUAAGCCAAAAAGGAAGCCUGCUUGUAAGCCAUGCUGUGGAUAAGAAUCGACAGAGGUCGACAGAUUCUUACGAGAUACCUGAUGACAUCAAGGCAACAGGAAUACGAUACCAAAAAUAAAUCUUACAAUAUUUGACGAACCCACAAUAACAAUUACUUCCUGGAUACAGACAACUUUUACAUAAAAGGAUACUGCCUUUUAAAAAUGAACCAACUCACCUGCGCAAAGUCAGGGUUAAAUAAAUGCAUUAAACCUAAACAUUCUUCCAUAAA